ACCCAAAAACCAGCAAAAUGGCUUCAUCAGCAACACAACCAUGGCUGCUCGAAAACGGCACCGUUAAGAGGUUAACCAAGGAUUCUAGACGUCAUGGACAUGGCCGGAGUGUUCAUAACAUGUCAUCCUCCUCCCUUCGCAAAAAGUCCGAUAUGUCUCUCGUCUCCAAAGUUCCUUUCUCAAUUCUCAGAAAUUUCCUCACCAACCUCCAGGAAGUCAUUUUGGGGACUAAAUUAUCGCUCCUUUUUAUCGCCAUCCCCAUCGCCAUCGCCGCCCAUCACUUCCAGUUUUCACGGCCAUGGAUAUUUUCGACGAGCUUGAUUGGAUUGAUUCCGCUUGCAGAACGUGUUAGCUUUCUAACAGAGCAAAUUGCAUUCUACACUGGUGGAACAGUUGGAGGGCUAUUGAAUGCAACAUGUGGGAAUGCAACAGAGCUCAUAAUAGCAAUAUUUGCAUUAAUACAACACAAAGUGGAUGUUGUCAAGUACUCUCUCUUGGGUUCCAUUCUCUCCAACUUACUUUUGGUUCUUGGGAGUUCUCUCCUUUGUGGUGGCCUUGCAAAUCUAUCAAGGGAGCAAACAUUUGAUAGGAAACAAGCGGAUGUGAAUAUAUCUUUAUUGCUGUUGGCGUUGCUAUGCAAUGUAAUGCCGUUGUUAUAUAAACACGCCACUACAAUUGAUGAUGCGUUAAUUACUGCAAAAGUAACACUAAACUUGUCGAGAGCUUGUUCUAUCGUCAUGCUACUUGCUUACUUUGCAUACCUUGCCUUCCAAUUAUGGACUCACAGCCAUAUUUUUGAAGCACAAGAGGUACAGGAAGAGGAUGAGGAUGACUUGCAUGAGAGCGAAGUUGAAAGUCCCCAAAUAGGGUUUUGGAGUGCACUCAUCUGGCUAAUUGGAAUGACAGCCAUCAUUGCAUUGUUGUCCGAAUAUUUAGUCAAUACCAUCGAGGCGGCCUCAAGUUCAUGGGGAAUGCCAUUAAGCUUCAUUAGCAUCAUCUUGCUACCGAUUGUAGGAAAUGCAGCCGAGCAUGCUGGAGCCGUCAUCUUUGCAUUCAAAAACAAGCUGGAUAUAACUUUAGGCGUGGCACUUGGUUCCGCAACUCAAAUUGCUGUUUUCGUGGUCCCGGUGACCGUACUUGUAGCAUGGAUAAUCGGUAUCAACCUGGAUCUUGAUUUCAAUCUUGUUGAAACUGGAUCGUUUUCUCUAACAAUUUUAGUCACAGCCUUCGCAUUGCAGGAUGGAACUUCUCACUACCUUAAAGGGGUAGUUCUUUUGCUUUUCUACGUUGUCAUUGGGGUCGUCUUUUUCGUCACAAAAUCUUCAUUUGACCAUGAGGAUAACGCUUUGAACACAAAAGUUCCAUCAUCAAACGGACAAAUCUUCGCAUCUUGAAGGGCAGGAGGAUGAAUCUAAAUGCUUGAAGAUGAGGAUGAGCAUUUGUUAUUCUUUGAAUGGGUUAAACGAAGGUCUCUUUUGGUUUCGUGAUCGGGCUUGAACCGACAAAAAUGGUCGCCCAUUGGCCCGAUUGCGUCUGCUACUUCGUUCUUUUAUUGAAUCACUUUUAUAUAUCAAACGACAGCCAACCAACGAUUGUGAUUGUUUUGAUACAAAAUGUCAAGUAACGGUUAAAGAAAGUGAUUCUUAAGUUUAUUUAUAUUUUCAUUUGUAGAUUUGUAAGGUAUGAAUGUGCGAAAUAAA